AUGGCUGUAAAAGAGAGUUUCGAAGAAGAAAAAAAUAAGCAGUUAGAAGAAAAAACUAACGAAGCUUCCAAACCCGAGGAUAAUAUGGCGACGAAACGUAAACACGAAUCAAACGAAGAACCCGAAGAGAUUCCUGAGAAAAAGCCAAAAGAUGAAAAUACUGAUGAAAAGAAUGAAGCAGAUACCAAAGAUACUAACGAAGGAAUAAAGGCUACGGAUUUGAAAAAGAAGCAAGAAGAAUCACCUGACAAAGAAACUUCGGAACAAACAGAAAAGAAAGCGGUGGAUGAAACAAGCCCUCCCAAGUCUGAAGGAACAACGACUUCCGAGGAAAAAAAACCUGAAAAUGAAAACAAAGCAGAAAUAGACCCAUCAUCGAAAGCUAGCCCCAAGCCUUUUAGUUUCUCCAAGUUUGCGUCCUUUUCCAGUUCAUCUUCUUCUCCUUUCGCGUCUAUAACAGCUUCGCAAGCGCCAGAAAAGAAAGAAGAAGCGUCUCCCUCAAAAGCACCUGCGUUUGGCGAAAAGUAUGCGAACCUUAGCAUGAACGACAUCUUGGCGAACACCAAGCAAACCAACAAAGACGAAGCGGCGGAUGAGAAGAAAAAGGAUCAAAAACAAGAAAAAAAGAGCUUUGAGGAGUUAUUGGCAAAUGAGACUCCUAGCGAUACAGCUGCAACCCCUGAAGCUACUGAGGAUGUAUCAUCUGCUUCGAAAGCUGAAACGGAAGGAUCAUCUGAGAGGAAUGCUGUACAAAUUAAUCAGUUAAGCGAGAAUGAAAUAAUAACUGGUGAAGAAAAAGAAAAGACACUUUACAGCGUUCGCGCUCGUUUGUACGUUGUUGACGGAGAAAAGAAGAUAUGGAAGGAGCGUGGCCAUGGAGUUUUGAAAGUAAAUGUUCCUAUCGAAGGAUCUGAAGGAGCUCAUCGUUUGGUCAUGCGAAACGAUGCCGUUCACCGAGUCAUUAUGAACGUUCCUUUAUUUCAAGGAAUGUCUGAGAAAGCAUUCCAGAUUGCCUCAGCAUCUAGCGGUGGUUCUGCAAACUAUGUAAAGAUUUUUGUGAUAGAGAACGGUAACUCUGUUUUAUAUGCAGUCCAUGUCAAGGACAACGAAUCAGCGAGUCAACUAAGGGAUCACAUUUUGGCAGCUAUUCCAAAACAAGGUAAGAAAGAUUAG